AAAAAAACGAAAAAUUGUCAAAUUGAAAGGAAAAGCAGAAAAGAUGCAUGUUAACAUGCGUAUGUGUUUGUGUGUUCUUUGCUUAACACUAAACAUUUUAUUCACAUCAUGUUAUGGUUUGGCGAAUGCUGCGGUAAACCCCACUUGCAAUUUAAAAAAUAAUUGUAACAUAAAUGAUCAAAUACUAAGCGUAGGCGGUGAGAGUGUCGAACGCACCAGCAACGAUUUGGAAAAUAAAAUCGCUUCAAUAUUUGAGGAUAAAAUUAACUACAGUUUAAAGCUUUUUGCUGAUCAAACUAUAAUUGAUUAUAAGGCAUUGGAGCGUAACUUAAGCGAUUUGACGGCCAACUUAACCAUAACUCAUAUACGUCAAGAUAAUGAUAUUGAAGAAAACGAAAAAAAAUACGUUAAUAACAUCGCUCAGAGAUUGAUAUCAUGGUCGCAGCCAUUUGAUGCAUCACGUAAUCCACUGGCUUCUGAAUUAUGUCGUCGGCAUACUAAACGUUACUUAGACGGGUUACAUAAUUUUGAUUUAUGGGCUCUAAAAAUGCAUGAUUCCACUGGCAAGCUAUCAUCGGGCAUACUGAACGGUAACAUCAAUCAACACGGUGAUUUUGAUGAAUGCUUAAGCAUUCGCAAGCGAUUGAGUAGUAAAAUUCCAAGCUUAAAUGAUCACGAUACUGCUGAUGAGGGGAAUAAUGACAAUGAAUAUGACGAAAUUAAAGGAAAAUAUUGUUUAGCGUAUGCACAACCCAUAUUGCCACAUAAAUCGAAACGUUUGCAAACAUUUUUCAAAUUGGUGCAAUCGCAUGGACCAUUUAAGAGUGAAUUUAAUGACCCGGGCCAUCGUGUACCGAGAUAUUCCUUAAUAAAUUGGGGUAUAUGUAUGCCCUCCUCUUGCGCACCUCAAGACGUAGAAUAUGCUGUUAGAGAAUUCCUUAACAACAUAACCGUUUCGACUGGUAUCACUUUUAAUGUACGUGUAGAACCACAGAUGUGCACCUCUAACGAAAGCAAAGCCUGGGAUCGCAACACAACAUGGGCUGUACGUUUCUUUAUAACAAUCGUUUCCAUAUCCAUAUUAUCGACCAUUUACAAUCGUUGUACUCAAAAUAAUGCAAACGAAAAGCAAAAUGAAUGGUUGACCGUGUUUGCUUUGGAUAAAAACUGGAAAUGGAUUUUUGACAUAAAGUAUACGAAUGAUGAUGUGCGCACCGUUCACGGUAUACGCUUUCUCAAUGCUGUCAUGUUAUUGUUAUCCCAUAAAUCUAUGGCCAUGUUUUUCAAUCCCUACAAUAAUCGCACAGAAAUGUCUGAGAGUUUGGGUCGCCCAUGGACGGUAAUUGGCCGUGCUGCCUCCCUAUAUACGGAUCCUUUUCUCUUAGUUAGCGGCAUGUUAACAGCGUAUUCCUUAUUUGGUCGUUUGAAAAAGGGUCAACCAGUGCGCUUGAUAAAUGAAUAUAUCAGCCGCUUGAUACGCAUUGUACCACCUUUGGCUGCUUUAAUAUUAUUUUGCACUUAUGUUUUGCCUAUAGUCGAUUCUGGUCCUCAAUGGAAUCUUGUGGUUGGACACCAUGCCACCAUUUGCAAACAACACUGGUGGCGUAAUUUGCUUUUCAUUCAUAAUUACUUUGGCUUUAGUGAAAUGUGCCUGACGCAUACACAUCAUUUGGGUAUCGAUACUGAACUGUUUGCGGUGGCACCCAUUAUUAUAUUGUUACUGUGGAAAUGGCCCAGGAAUGGUUUCAUUGCUUUGUUAACAUUAUGUGGCCUUGGUACUGCAGCUCGUUAUUAUACGACAGUAGUUAAUGAAUUAUCCAAUUAUAUCUACUUUGGCACGAACAUCACACGUUUAUUUCGCACUGCUGAUUAUAUGUAUUCCUUUCCACCUAUGCGUUCUACGGUUUAUAUAAUGGGUAUCUUCUUGGGCUAUAUACUACGUAUGUAUCCCAAAGUAACGCUAAGCAAUAUUCAAUUACGCUUGGGAUGGUUUGCUGCUUUGGCAUGUGUAGUGGCAUCAGUAUUAGGUCCUGCUCCUAUGGGCGAUAUCAAUUAUAAAUAUAAUAGCACGCACGCAGCCAUUUAUGCGGCAUUUGCUCCCAUCGCGUGGUGCCUAUUUUUUUGCUGGAUUGUGUUUGUUUCCCACAAUGGUUAUAAGAAUCGCAUCACAAGAUUUUUCUCUUGGAGAUAUUAUCAAAUCUCUACGAAACUAUCGUAUGCCAUAUACUUAACACAAUUCCCUAUAUAUUUCUAUAAUGUGGGUCGUCGACGACAUGCUCAUCAUUAUUAUAAUUUCAUAUCAGCGAUUUGUGAUACCAAUGAAUAUUUAUGCAUUUUUGCAGCCUCCAUUAUCUUAACAUUAUUAUUUGAUGCACCUUUUCAAAAUAUGAAAAAAUUAUUAUUAAAACGCUCAAGGGCCACUACCGGUAAAGACAACAGCAGUAACGAGAGCAAUCUAAAUAGCGAAACUUUAGCAGACAUCAAAUUAACAAAAUCUUUAUUACAUUCGCAUGGUGAUUAAUUAAUUAAUCAAAAUUUAUUUUUAUUAUUAUUUUAU